AUGGCAGGCUUGCCUUAUCAAUACGACAACCUGCCCACAGGUCGCUGGUUCCGAAUUCUCAAAAUCCACCCUGGUCAAUUCGACGACCCUCUUAGCUGCGAACUCGUCGCCACGCCACUUGAUGAAGCCCCUCAGUACAGAGCGCUUUCCUACGUGUGGGGAGACCCUGCAGACGUUGCACCAAUCACUUGCUCGGGGGUCAAGAGAGAGAUCACGGCGAGCCUCUUUGAGGGGCUUCGGCGGAUAAGGGGCACGGAUGCCGUGGAGAUUGCCUGGGCCGACGCAAUCUGCAUCAACCAGGCCGACAACGAGGAGAAGUCAUUCCAAGUGAACCAGAUGGGUGAUAUAUACGACAAGGCGGCCGAGGUUGUCGUCUGGCUAGGCCACGAUAUAGAAGGCGCGGCUGAGGUCGCUUUCAAUGGGUUGCGCCAAAUCAACAAGUCGAUUCGAGAGGGAACGGACACAGCCUGGUCUCCUGCGUCAAAGGAGGAGUUUGACGUUGAUGUUGGAAAGGUUAAACCGGAAACAUAUGGGCCAAUGUGGGUCCAGCGGAGCAACCUGGACAAUAUGCUCACGUUGGAUGUGUCGAACGCCAUCAUGAAACUCUAUCAGCUUCCAUGGUUCACAAGAGUUUGGAUCUUGCAAGAGGUUGGCCUAGCCACAAUCGCCACAGCAUUCUGGGGCCCAUCACACAUCGAUUUCCACGAGAUUGCAGAGUUUAUACUCUUUGCGAUGACGUAUAGUAACCUGGAGCAAGGUCUCCGUCAAGACAUCAAGGAUACCAUAUCUGGCUCACCAUACUAUGCCUUCCAUAAUGUGUGGUCCACAUACGACAAGCAGAAUUCUUGGGUCAGCCGGAGCCGCCCCCUCUCGUCACACGUUGUGUGGAUGACAGAUAACACCAAAAUCGACUUCGUCCUUGUCCUCGAGGCUUCCAGGAGACUGAACGCCACAAAUGAUCUGGAUCACGUGUUCGCGUUUCUGGGCCACCCCAAGGCAAUACAGCCCGGCACGAACAGAACCCUGGUCCAGGCAGACUACAACACAGAUCUGGAAACACUUCAUCAUUCGCUUGCCUCGAAACUUGCAGAGACAUCACUAAACUUCCUCGUCCAGGUCCAGAACGUGGCCGAAGAUAUCGAGCCGAAGAACGCGAAUCCCUCGUGGAUCCCACAGUGGCACAUCAACAAACCGGACGCGCCGACUGCCUUUUGGGAAGCUUGGGACGCCGGUCUUCUUGCACCGACGUCCCCGACAACAAAACAUGUUGCGAGCGUGUCCGGCAACACGCUCAAGGCCUUAGCCUUGCUUUUCGACACGGUCGGGGCUCACACGCAAACCAUGGGAAGGUCCAAGUUUGAGCAUCCCGUUCAUGCAUAG